UUCGUUAUUUUUUCUUUCACCAUCCAAUAGAACAUCCAAAGGGGUUGUUCUCUGGAAUCUUUUAAUCGGCGAUGGUACGUUUAUGUAAUUUUAUGUGUGACGUGUUUAAGUAAAAGCCACAGAAAAAGCCUCUUCAAUGUCUCUUCUCCGGUCGAUUUUGUGUUCGCUUCGUUUGGUCAACCUCUUCCGCUGUUGAUGGCCGUUGUUGGGGGUGGGGGGAUGAGACGGUGAGGAUGGCUCCAACAAUUUUGAUUGCCACAUGUAUUCCGGGUUUUCAAUUUUGCCAAAUUUUUGGCGAGGAGAAUUGGCUAUGGCGAGCUCAGUUGGAGCUGAAAAUUUGGGUUUGGGUCCCUAUUUUCAACUUUGGCGAGCAGAAUAGAGACCCGUUAGAUUCAGCCAUAAUGGUCUUUACACACGGGAAGGGUGUCUUUUUACGUGAAGUCACUUUCCACUUUCAAUUUUCAACUUUCCAGGAAAAACUGAGCACAGAACACAUACCUAAUGCGUCUAAAAAAUAUAAAGACCCACUUGGAGAAUUUAUACACCCACCAAUACCAUACUUCCCUGAGUCCUUCAACAGUAUUACAGCUAGCAACUUUUCCCCUUUGGUUCCCAGGAGAAGCAGAAUCCCCUUGGUUUCUCACUUUCCCUUUGGUUUCCAUUUGCCGUAUGCCUCACGCUGUCUUCUUACUUGCCUGCGGAUUUGCUCUCUUGGCUUCAUCCGUUGCCUCUGCCGCUCUUGUCGAGCAUUAUUUCCAUGUGAGGAACGCAACCGUCCGACGGCUUUGUCAGGAGCAGGUCAUCACAACUGUGAAUGGAAGCCUGCCGGGACCAACGAUCCAGGUUCGCGAGGGCGACUCGCUUACCGUUCAUGUCUUCAAUGAUUGCCCCUAUCCACUAACUAUCCAUUGGCAUGGGCUUCACCAGCACAUGAAUGCUUGGGCAGAUGGAACUGAAAACACAACUCAAUGUCCGAUACGUCCUGGAACGAGUUUUACUUACAGGAUGAAUAUCACCGGACAAGAAGGGACUCUCUUCUGGCACGCCCACUCUCAAGCACUCCAAGAAACCGUCCAUGGCGCCUUCAUCAUCCGCCCCAGACGCGGCCGCUCGUAUCCCUUUCCUAAGCCCUACAGAGAAUUCCCAAUUAUUAUUGGAGAGUGGUGGAAUGAUAGUAUCAUCGAUGUCACGAAUGCGGCGCUUGCGAAAGGCAAAGGACCUGAUCAUUCUAAAGCUUUCACCUUCAAUGGCCAGCCCGGUGCUCUCCAUCCAUGCUCUGCAGAUAGCACAUACAAGAUGAAGGUGAUUCAAGGCAAGACUUACAUGUUACGCAUGAUCAACUCUGCACUUAACAUGCAAUUCUUCUUCAAGAUUGCCUUCCACAGAUUCACAGUGGUCGCCAUUGACGGCUCUUACACCAACCCAAUGGAGACUGAAGUCGUCGUCAUUGCCCCGGGCCAAACUGUCGAUGUGCUGCUCAAUGCUAACCAGCAACCAGACUCAUAUUACAUGGCGGCACUAAACUUCAUUAGCUGGGACGGCGUACCACACGAAUACAAGGCUGCCACCGGGAUCCUGGCAUAUCAGCAUGCAUUAACAUCAACCCCGCCAUUGAUGCCAAUCCUUCCAUUCCAGAAUGAUUCCUCCACAGCUUUCACUUUCCACUCCAAUCUCACCGAGCUUGUCACUGGGCCUCACUAUGUUCCAUUCCCGCAAGAAGUGGACGAGUUUAUGUUUGUCACAGUGGGCAUGGGCGUGUUGCCAUGCCCAAAGAACGCCACUUGCGAAGGGCCACUUGAUAAGAGAUUAUCGGGAAGCAUGAACAACCAGUCCUUCCAGUUUCCAACCAAGCUAUCGCUUUUGGAAGCCUUCUACUACAACAUCAGUGCAGUCUACACCUCCGAUUUUCCUGACUACCCGCCAUUGCCAUUUGACUUCACCUUGCAAGACAACAACUUCAACGAGACCCUUGUUCUAGUGAAGGACUCUACCAGGCUGAAGAAACUCAAGUUCAAUUCAACAGUUCAGAUUGUGUUUCAAAACACGGCCUUGAUUUCUUAUGAGAGCCACCCCAUGCACUUGCAUGGAAUGGACUUCUAUGUGUUAGCCCAGGGAUUUGGCAACUACAACCCUGUAAAUGAUCCCAGGAAAUUCAACCUCGUGAAUCCUCAACGACGGAGCACCAUUGCUGUGCCGGCUGAUGGGUGGGUCGUGAUUCGAUUUGGAGCAAACAAUCCAGGUACAUGGCUGUUGCAUUGUCACGUAGAGAUGCACUUGUUAUGGGGGCAAUCCAUGGUUUUUGAGGUUGAGAAUGGGCCAACUCCAUCGACUUCAUUGCCGCCGCCUCCCCCAGAUCUACCCAAAUGUUACAAUUUCGAAUCUAUUCUAGAUCGUACUCCUUCAAUAAUUACUCAAUCUUCAUGAUUCUGAAGUUAAUAGUCAUUUUUUUUAAGUUGUUAGUGAAGCCCCAUGUCUUCCUCAAUUUGCGAGGAACUUUAUGCACUAAAAAUACCGUCUAUCCAUAGCUCUACUGUGACAAAAAUUAACAAGCAUCAAUGUUUGUUUAGUAUGUAACUUGGUGAUGGUAAUUGGUUGUGUUCACUUCA